AUGGGCCAAGUCUUCUCAACACAAAAGAAGGAUGACCAGCAGGAGGGGUCCUUUGGCGGCUCAGAUGAUUAUCUAGCUAAGCCAAGCGGACCUUGCUGUUUGAAGGGGGCCAUUCACAAGGGAGAAGCGCGAGGGCGGUGGGAGACAAUCGCGGACGUUGAGACGUACAUUGCAACGCCGCCGGACGGGAAGGCGAAUGGUCAUAUCCUGCUCUACUUCCCAGAUGUCUGGGGCAUGUUUCCAAACGGCUUCUUGAUAAUGGAUGCCUUUGCUGAUGCCGGAUAUCUAACGUUAGGAUUGGACUACUUCCGUGGGGACCCGGUGUGGAAACAUCGUAAGAGCCGACAUGAUCAUAGCAACCCAGACUUCGACUAUGAUGCUUGGAAACGAAAGCAUACUGCCUUUGCAGAUGAAGCAGUACCCGUCUGGGUCAAGGCGGUAAAGGACCGUUAUGCUAAGGCCGACACCAAGUUUGCCUGCGUAGGCUACUGCUUCGGAGCACCGUAUGUGUGCAACGAGCUGGCAAGGAACACUGUUGCCGUUGGAGCCUUUGCGCACCCGGCGUUCCUUAAGGAACAUCAUUUCAAAAAUCUCAAGAAACCUCUAUUUCUAUCAUGUUCCGAGAUUGACCACACAUUUGACGUGGCAUCAAGACGGAGAGCAUUGGACAUACUGCAGGUAGGCAAUAAGAGAUACCAUUAUCAGCUCUUUGGUGGUGUUGAGCACGGUUUUGCUCUCCGAGGUGAUCCUGAUGACCCAUAUCAACGCGAAAUUGGCAAUGGGAGGGCAGCUGCCAUUCUACUAGCACGGCAAGGCGCCAAGGUUGCUCUGGUCGACUUCAAUGUGGACUGGGCCAAGGAGACGCAGCGCAUGAUCAAUGAGGAGGGCGGCAUAUCAGAGGUGAUUCAAGCCGAUGUUACGGUCGAGGACUCCUGCAAGAACGCAGUGGAGCAAACCGUAAAGUUGUUUGGAGCAGUGCACAUCUUAGUCAACAUUGAGCUCAAAGUUGGAGUGGGUGGUGCAAUGGGAGAUGCAACUACGAUAAAUUUGGAAGCGUGGGACCGGGACUUCCGCAUCAAUGUCACCAGCAUGGUUCUCAUGAUUCUCGGCGGGAAUCCCAGCCUACUGUAUCCUACUACCAAAGGUGCUAUCAUCCAGAUGACACGAGCAAUGGCUGCGCACCAUGGCAAAGAGAAUAUCCGAGUCAACUGUGUCGCUCCCGGCAUGGUCUACACACCAAUGACCCGCGGCCGUGGUAUGACGGAUGAGAUGAGGCAAGCAAGGAUCAACCAGAACCUGAUGAAGAAGGAAGGAACCGGAUGGGAUGUUGGUUAUGCUAUUCUGUUCCUCGCCAGCAAAGAGGCGGGCUGGAUUACCGGACUGAUCAUGCCUGUUGACGGUGGCACUACUGCAGGAAAAGCAGAUAGACCUGCUCUCAAGGCGGACACGCUUGCUCAACAAAAUACGGGUGUCUCAAAUUGA